GCUCAUCAGCAAUUUGUUACGUCUUAUACAGACUAUGCGACCUCCAGCCAAGCCAUCGUCUUCCAGCAAAGCUGAAACAGUCAAACCAAAAUCAGAAAAGGAGAAAAUGAAGGAGCUGUUCCCUGCUCUCUGCCUGCCUGAUAACCUGCCUACAAAGAGUCUUUUGGAUGAAGAUGAUAUGAAAGUAGCUGCAGAUGCAUUGAAGGAGCUUGAAGCCUUGAUGCCUUCAAAGGCGGAUCACAAAAAGAGCAGCAAACGCAGCUCUAACGAAAAGGGGAAGAGAAAGAGAAGGAGUCGUAGUCGCAGCAGAGACAGAGACCGGAAACGGCAUCGCAGGUCAAGGUCCAGAUCACACUCCAGAGAUCGAUACAAAAGUAAAUCCAGCAGGCGAUCCAGAAGCAGGAGUCUGAGCCCCAGCAGGGACCAUAAGGAUCGAGGCAGAGCAAAUGAGAAGAAUUGUGAGAAGAGAAAAGAUAGACACAUAGACAGGCCCCCACCAGAAGAACCAUCUGUGGGCGAGAUCUACAAUGGCAAGGUCACCAGCAUCAUGCAGUUCGGAUGCUUUGUACAGCUGGAAGGUUUGAGAUAUCAACCAUUUCCCAGAAAACGAUGGGAGGGCUUGGUGCACAUCUCUGAGCUCAGGCGAGAGGGACGUGUAGCCAAUGUUGCUGAUGUUGUCAGCAAAGGUCAAAGAGUUAAGAUCAAGGUGUUGUCAUUUACUGGAUCCAAAACAAGCUUGAGUAUGAAGGACGUAGAUCAAGACACUGGAGAGGAUCUAAACCCAAACCGACGCCGCAAUGUUGGUGGAGAAACUAAUGAGGAAACUACCAUGAGGAAUCCUGACAGACCUAGUAAUCUGUCAUUGGUGAACACCCCUGAGGUUGAAGAUGAUGUGCUAGAACGCAAACGUCUUACAAAAAUCUCCGAUCCUGAGAAGUGGGAGAUCAAGCAGAUGAUUGCAGCUAAUGUUAUUUCAAAAGAAGAGUAUCCUGACUUUGAUGAAGAAACGGGCAUCCUUCCUAAAGUUGAUGAUGAAGAAGAUGAGGACCUUGAGAUAGAGCUAGUGGAAGAAGAGCCUCCGUUCCUCAGGGGACAUACAAAGCAGAGCAUGGACAUGAGUCCUGUUAAAAUAGUAAAGAACCCUGAUGGCUCACUAUCCCAGGCUGCCAUGAUGCAAAGCGCUUUGGCUAAAGAAAGGCGGGAGAUGAAGCAAGCACAGCGAGAGGCAGAAAUGGACUCAAUCCCAAUGGGACUCAAUAAACACUGGGUUGAUCCACUACCUGAUGUUGAUGGCCGACAGAUUGCAGCAAACAUGAGGGGCAUAGGAAUGAUGCCCCAAGACAUACCUGAGUGGAAGAAGCAUGCUUUUGGUGGAAACAAGGCAUCUUAUGGUCGUAAAACCCAAAUGUCUAUUCUUGAGCAGAGAGAGAGCCUACCCAUCUACCGACUUAAGGAGCAGCUGGUACAGGCUGUUCAUGACAACCAAGUCCUGAUUGUCAUUGGGGAAACUGGUUCUGGUAAAACUACACAAAUCACCCAGUACUUGGCAGAGGCAGGGUACACAACCCGGGGAAAAAUUGGGUGCACGCAACCAAGACGUGUAGCUGCAAUGUCAGUUGCUAAGAGAGUGUCAGAAGAGUAUGGAUGCUGUUUAGGUCAAGAGGUUGGUUACACCAUUCGAUUUGAAGAUUGCACCAGUCCAGAGACUGUGAUAAAGUAUAUGACUGAUGGUAUGUUGCUGAGAGAGUGCCUCAUAGAUCCUGACCUGUCUCCGUAUGCAAUCAUCAUGUUGGAUGAGGCCCAUGAGAGGACCAUUCACACUGAUGUUCUGUUUGGACUUCUGAAAAAGACUGUUAAAAAACGUCCUGAUAUGAAAUUGAUUGUAACAUCAGCCACACUGGAUGCAGUUAAAUUCUCUCAGUAUUUCUAUGAGGCACCUAUCUUCACGAUUCCUGGCCGAACAUACCCUGUGGAAGUGCUUUAUACCAAAGAACCUGAGACUGAUUAUCUGGAUGCUAGUUUGAUUACAGUGAUGCAGAUUCAUUUAACAGAACCACCAGGUGACAUCCUCGUUUUCCUAACUGGUCAGGAAGAAAUUGACACUGCAUGCGAGAUUCUGUAUGAACGAAUGAAAUCCAUGGGACCAGAUGUGCCAGAAUUGAUUAUUCUGCCUGUAUAUUCUGCUUUGCCAAGUGAGAUGCAAACCAGAAUUUUUGAUCCAGCCCCUCCUGGUAGCAGAAAGGUUGUAAUUGCUACCAAUAUUGCUGAAACAUCACUGACUAUUGAUGGCAUCUACUAUGUUGUGGAUCCUGGGUUUGUUAAGCAGAAAGUCUAUAACUCAAAGACGGGCAUUGACCAGCUAGUGGUGACUCCAAUUUCACAGGCUCAAGCUAAGCAGCGUGCUGGUCGUGCAGGAAGGACGGGACCUGGGAAAUGUUAUCGACUCUACACUGAACGUGCCUAUAGGGAUGAAAUGUUGACCACAAAUGUUCCUGAAAUUCAAAGAACUAAUCUUGCUAGUACAGUACUUUCACUCAAG